ACGCACACGUGCACACACACACACACACACACACACACUUACACCCACGCACAGCAGUGAACUGCUCAGCAGCUCCUCGCACCUUGACAGAUUUAACUUCUUCAGUCACGCAGUCAGACCCAAAGCCAUGGCCAACUAUAGCCAGGUCCCGACCAUCUACCAGCAGCCUGGGACCGCUUACAACCAGCCAGCGCCCGCCUACAACCAGCCACCGCCCGCCUACGGGCAGCCACCGGGCGCCUACGGGCAGCCACCGGCCAUCUACAACCAGCCCAUGCCCAUCAGCUCACCCCAGGUUGUGACAGUGACCACCACCAACGCCCAGAGCCAUAGCACAUGGAGCUCCGGCCUCUGCGAUUGCUGCGCUGACAUGGGCACCUGUUGCUGUGGGCUGUGGUGUUUCCCCUGCAUGCAGUGUCAGACAGCCAGUAUGAACGGCUGGUGCUGCCUUAUGCCACUCCUGGACUGCUGCUGUGUGGUGUCCUGCUUACUCCGCUCCUCCAUUAGAGAGCGCAACGGCAUCCCUGGUUCUUGCUGCGACGACUGCUGCAAACUCUCCUGGUGUUACGUGUGCGUCUGGUGCCAGAUGAACCGAGAGCUGAAGGUCAGGGAGGGCCGGGCAGCCAGCUCCUCCACAGUGGUCACCACGCAGGUCAUCAAUGUAUAGGGGGUUAAUAAAACACCAGGUCACAAUAACGGCAUGUUCCUUUUUCUAGUUGUAGUUGCAAUGUUCUGCUGUCAGUGUUAGUUGGAAGACGUAGAUGUAGCCGACAGAUUCACGGUUGUUUUUCGGCAGAUGUUUCAAAGUGGACCGUUGUGACUGACCAUGUUAUAUCAUGUGAUAAUGAACCAUAUCCCUCCUGUCCUUCACGCUCUUUGCUGUUACAUUGUAUAACUUGUGUUAAAAGCAAAAUAAUGUUCUCUAAUAAACCUUUCUUUAUUGGCAUCA